AUGCUUCACCAACUCUUUCGAGUCAGACUGAAUGGAAGCAAUGAGCACUUUGCUCUCGAUCUGAGCAGUGCACAGUACGGGUACUACGAUCCAGUCGUACCUUUCGAUACGUAUGCCACUGACCGAAGCUCGGCGUUACUGGAUGAGCAUGACCAGCUUUUGGGGCAGGCAAGGAGUGACAUGGGGAAACAAGGCACCAGCGGACGACUUCAAAGAUCGACCGUUAUAAGCAAGUCCAUGAUCUUAGAUUGUAUCAUGAAAGCCAUCACACUACACAGGAUCGAUGCCAAUACCACUGUCGGUGAAAUGCUAAAGGCAGGCGAGAUUGAGAGGGAUCGGUGGAGUGCUGAUCUCCUUCACAGAUCAAUACUGCGAUGGAAGAUCAAGCUAUGA